ACCCCAGCGCUCCGCGAGGCCUGGGCGCUGACAGCGCGGCCUUAGGCGGCGCCUGGCCCGGCCGCGCCCGCCGGCUCCGCGCGUCAAGGCAUCGAAGCGGCGGGCCUUCUUCCUGGUCUGGCAGUGGCGCUGGCAGAUCACUCAGAAGACACAAUGAGCGUAAAAGCUUUCAAGCUCGUUUCUGCUGUUGAGCGGGAGAUGUUAAUGGGAGACAAGAAUUACAUCAACAUCGAAUGCAUCGAGUGUUGUGGAAAGAACCUCUAUAUUGGAACCAAUGACUGCUUUAUCUAUCACUUUCUGUUGGAUGAGAAGAUAUCAACAGCUGGGAAAAUAACUUUUGCUGCCACCAAACAAUUGCAUAAAUACCUGGGUUUGAAGAAGCCUGUGAGCGAGUUAAAAGCAGCCUCUGCCCUCACCAGGCUUCUUGUGCUUUGUGACAAUACAAUAACGCUAGUUAACAUGAUGAACUUAGAACCUGUUCCCACUGGCGCUAGAAUCAAAGGAGCUGUGACGUUCACGUUAAAUGAAAACCCUGUGAGUGGGGAUCCUUUCUGUGUCGAAGUCUGCAUUAUCUCGGUCAAGCGGCGGACCAUUCAAAUGUACAUGGUGUUUGAAGACAGAGUCCAGAUAGUGAAAGAAGUGUUUACUCCUGAGCAGCCCUGUGCUGUGGCCGUAGAUGGGUAUUACUUGUGUCUUGCACUUACUACACAGUAUAUCAUUUUGAAUUAUAAUACUGGCGCCUCCCAGGACCUAUUUCCUUACUGCAGUGAUGAGAAACGGCCAAUUGUGAAAAGGAUAGGCAGACAAGAAUUUCUGUUGGCUGGCCCUGGAGGCCUAGGCAUGUUUGCAACUGUAGAUGGCAUUUCACAGCGUGCCCCUGUGCACUGGUCAGAGAACGUGAUUGGAGCAGCUUUAUGCUUUCCUUACGUGGUUGCUCUCGAUGAUGAGUUCAUUACAGUACACAGCAUGCUUGACCAGCAGCAAAAGCAAACCCUGCCUUUUAAAGAAGGUCACAUUCUACAGGACUUUGAAGGAAAGGUGAUUGUUGCUACUAAUAAGGGUGUGUAUAUCUUGGUGCCAUUGCCUCUGGAAAAGCAAAUUCAGGAUCUUCUAGCUAGUCACAGAGUGGAAGAAGCCCUUGUUCUAGCAAAAGGAGCUCGAAGGAAUAUUCCAAAAGAGAAAUUUCAGGUAAUGUACAAACGAAUCCUGCAGCAAGCAGGUUUUAUACAGUUUGCACAGCUUCAGUUCCUCGAAGCAAAAGAACUCUUCAGAAGCGGCCAGCUUGAUGUCCGGGAGCUGAUCUCUCUCUACCCCUUCCUGUUGCCUACUUCCUCUUCAUUUAUACGGUCUCAUCCCCCUCUACAUGAGUAUGCGGACCUAAACCAGCUGACUCAAGGGGACCAGGAGAAGAUGACAAAAUGCAAACGAUUCCUCAUGAGUUACCUGAAUGAAGUCCGCAGCACAGAGGUCGCAAAUGGCUACAAGGAAGAUAUUGACACAGCUUUACUCAAGCUGUAUGCAGAGGCGAAUCAUGAAAGCCUGCUGGAUCUGCUCGUUUCAGAGAACUUUUGUCUUUUAACAGAUAGUGCUGCCUGGCUGGAAAAGCACAAAAAGUAUUUUGCCCUUGGUCUCCUAUAUCACUACAAUGGUCAGGAUGCUGCAGCACUUCAGUUAUGGGUGAAAAUAGUUGAUGGAGACAUUGAAGAUUCUACACGUUCAGAUCUCUAUGAAUAUGUAGUAGACUUCCUUACGUUCUGCUCAGACCAAGAUCUAGUGUGGAAAUACUCUGAAUGGGUUUUACAGAAAAAUGAAGAGGUUGGCAUACAGAUUUUCACUAAAAGGCCUCUGGAAGAACAGGAGAAAAACAGCAUUAAUCCAGAUGAUAUCAUCAGUUGCCUUAACAAAUACCCUAAAGCACAUGUUAAGUAUCUAGAACAUCUAGUAUUGGAAAGAAAAGUACAGAAAGAAAAGUACCAUACUCAUCUAGCUGUCUUGUACUUGGAGGCAAUAAUUCAACUGAAAUCUAUGACCACAGAUAAUUUUACAGAAACAACUGAACUGCUGUUUAAGCUACGCAGUCUUCUUCAGAAAUCUGAUCUUUAUAGAAUUCACUUUAUUUUGGACAAAAUCCAGGGCACAGAUCUCCAUAUGGAAAGUGCAAUUUUAUAUGGAAAGCUAGAAGAACAUGAGAAAGCUUUGCAUAUUCUUGUCCAUGAGUUAAAGGACUUCCAUGCUGCUGAAGAGUAUUGUAUAUGGAACUCUGAAAACAGAGAUGUGCAGUACAGACGGAGGCUUUUCCAUAUGCUGCUGUCAGUGUAUCUAAAUCCAGGCACUUCGGAUUGUGCUCUGAUCAUGGCUGCUGUGGAUCUCUUGAAUAACCAUGCUGCUGAAUUUGAUGCAGCUCUAGUUUUGCAGGUGGUGCCUGACAGCUGGUCAGUGCAGCUCCUCUCUCCGUUCCUGACUGGAGCAGUGAGGCAAAGCAUUCAUACAAAGAGAAUGACUCAAGCUGCACUUGGGUUAGCACAAGCUGAAAACUUAAUCUACAAACACGAGAAGGUUAAACACAAAGGAGCCCCAAUUCUUCUUUCAGACAAAAAGGUCUGUCAAGCGUGCCAAAAUCCUUUCUGCGAGCCUGUAUUCAUAAGAUACCCAAAUGGGGGUAUGGUCCACACACACUGUGCUGCAAACAGACAUCUGAAUUCAAACAUGUCUCAUCGCUCUUCCAGCUCCAGCAAUCAGACUUGAAACACAUUCUGGUCCCACAGGUUCCCAUGACUUGUAUCCCAUUGGAAGUGGGCUGGAAAAAAGAACAAAGUGCAGCUACUUUUGGUAUACAUCAAGAUGAACAAGUAGACCUUGGGUUAAUGGGAAGACUUCCAGUAAAUAUGAAAUAUCACCACUUACCUUUUUUUUUUUCCUAAAUGAAUGUAAAUAGAAAAUUCACUACAAGGAAUGGAGAGGUGCAAAUAUGGGCUCUGCUCUGCACAGUUAAAACAAGCCUUUUCUUGGGAGCAAGGAAUGGAAGUUAUGGAGGUGAGGCAUCCCACUGUUUAAAGAAAUGUCACUUUGCACUGAAUGUGAUGUUGAUAAAUCUACAGAGGUGGAGUUGGCAUCUCUUGGAGUUGGAAUUCUUUGAACAUUACACGACAAGUCUGGCAUCAUGCAGCUUACUAUCAAGACAAAACUGAGCGUUGGUUAUGUUUGCUGCAGCAUGUCUGCUUUUGGGCUGGAUCAUCUUCCCCAGGAUCACAUUAUGAACUUGAUUUUUGCUGUUACAAAUUGUUGGGUUUCGAUGCACUUUUCAGUACUCCCUCCACCCUUUCUCCUAAAUAGGAUUUAAAUGUAAGCACUGGUCCAUUAGGUUUCUACUCCUACAGUUAAUGUCCUAAAAAAAGAGUGGAAACUAAUAGCCUCAGUCAGACAGCUGUGCUUGGAAGUAAAAAAGGAAGCCAGAUUGUCUGGUCAGGUGGUAGUCACUUUUAUAUGGGGGAAGAGACCUUAACUUUGAUUUAUUUAUUAAUAUGCAAACACAUGUACAUACAGUUGAAUAAAUUGAUCUUAUAACAUUCUAGAAUUUCUUUGGAAGAUUAAUAUGUAGCUGAUAUGGGAACUGUACAGGUUAUGUGAUAAAUAUUUGCUGUAACACCAUAGGCAGGUUGUAACUCCGCAAGAACAAGGUUUGGGACUUGUGACUGACUUUGUGCAAUCAAAAUCAUGGAAAGAAGGUGUAAUUGGGAAGAAAUCUACAAAGGUGCACUACAGGGGUACUGGAUUUUUUUAUAUUCCAUAAAACAUUCUGCAAAUGUAGGUUUUUCAAAUAACAAAAACCCUUAACUGCCUUUAAGCAUCCACAUUUCUGUUUAAUCGUGCUAAAUCUGUCAAUGUAAAAGAAGCAGCUUCCUACAAGAAAGAUUCAAAAAAUAUGACUUGAAAUAAAAGUUAAGUAUUUCAAAGUCAAAACAUUUCUUUUAGUUCUUUAAUGCUGUAAUAAAUAACCUUGCUUACUGGCCAGCAUUGUAACUGAGGUAGUACAGCUGCUCACUGUUUCAGCAUUCCAAAUUGGAGUGGAGCUUUUCAGCAAAGUGAGAUAUCUACAUGUUAUCUUCUAGAUGGAGUCUUGGCAGAGGUUUCCUGAUACUGACAAGUUGGUAUAUGAAACAGCCUUGUAAGCAUAGUGCAACUUCCAGGAAUGGGCAACCAGACUAGAUCCAGAGGGUAAAAAAAAAUCCGUUUCUUUUGUCUUUGAAACAAAAGACUUUUGGAUCUUUGUUUCCUGAGUGUGGAAUUAGGGAAGUAUUGCUGUCGUGUUGGGUUUCAAAAAUAAAAUCCAAGUGAAAAAGAUAGACCUGAGGAUACUUUUCUUCAUUCGGGCAUGAGUGAUUUGUUUGAGCUGCACUGCUAUGAGCAGAUUCUUCUGUAUGUUGUGUUCAGUUUUCAAACCUUGUGUACCCAGCUGGCAUUGGUGUCAUAGACACAUUUUUAGUUCCCUGUCCUCAAAAUGUUUGGUGAUAGAGAGGAAGAGAUUUUUGCAAAGCUCUGACCACCCUCUCGCAUGCAGUUCAUAAGAAGUACUUCAUUUUUCUGCAGGUAUUCUCUUAGCUCCUUAGUAGGUAGGAACAACUUAAUCAAAGACCACUCCAUGACUAAGACUAAUUUUAGCUACUAUGUAGUGAUGAACUUAGUCUUAUCAACUGGCAUUGCAGUGGAUCAGAGCUCAUAUUCCAGACCACAAGCAAGUUCUUCAUUAUUACUACAUGAAAGAGUAUGUCUGUUUCAAAAAAAAAACCAGGAAAGUGGAACAUGUCUUUAUUAAGAUUCACUACUUUCUCAGGUUGGUACUUCGGCUCAAAUGCAGCAGUAACAAUAAUUGUACAUGCAGAACAAACACAAAUCAGAGUAAUGCAAGGUAGCAUAUUUACAGCCAUAAGUGGGCAAAAGGGUGAUUAAUAUUAAAGCUGAAGGAUCAAAUUCUUCUAGUCCCUAUGAACUGUGGACUGGAAAAAUAGUGGCAUUUGAUGCAUGCAGCGUUAGCUGCUGCUUUGUAAAUUUCUAUACUAGAACUCCUUUGGAUUAACCAAUAUGCAAAUCUCGUGGUAACAAAAUGAAAAGGUAAAAAAAAUAAACACACCCUGAGGCUGAGGCAGAGUAGGAGCUCAGCAGGGAAGUGGCUGGUGGAAGGUGCCUUGCCAGCGUGCAUGCAGUGCUUGAGCAAUUGUGACUGCAUUCAACCAAAGGAGAUGACAGCCUACAUCAGAGUUGUGCAUGAAAUUAUGUAUUAUUAUCCCCAGAAUGUUCACUAAUGCAUCUGCACUGAAACUCUUAGAUAGGACAACUGCAGCACUCCUUAGGUAAGGAGACUUCACACAGGAGAACCCAAGUUCAUUCCUCCUUUUACUUUGGACCUGUCAGCUUGCUCAUUCUUGGUUUAUACACCUGAAUCCCCAGGACAGCACUGCUGCUGGGAGAAAUUGCUCUAGUAUGGCUGCAGCUGCAAGAAGAGAAAAAAUGUUAAUCUGGUUAUUAUCUGCUGACUGGAUACAUGAAGGAAGAGAGGCAGGGGAAGAGGGGAUAUUCCUUUGACCAUCCAUCCAGUCUGGAAAUUAAAUGGGUUCCGGGAGUAUUAAACUUGAGGCCAUCUUUUUGUUAGUUAGGGACUAUAGGAUAUUAAGCCUGUCCUUGGAGAGAGGAGAUUGUCAGAGUAUUACUUGCUUUUUGUUUGUUUGUUUGUAACUUUUCCAUCACUUUUUUUUUUCCAGUGACUUUCCUCCAAGCUUAUGUGUGCAACCUAAACAGAUUUUGGUUUGUUGUGGUCUGGUUGAUUGGUUGGUUUGGUUUAAAUGUGAUAAGGUGUUUAUGAUUCAGGACAUAACAUAUGAGAGUCUCUUACACAGAUGUUUUUGCUGAUACUGAGGCAUGUUUGCUCCACACACAGCUGGUAAUUGCUGAAGUACUGCAGCUCUGACUUUUGGUAAUCCACUGCUUCAGUCACUAGUGCAUACAAAAAGCACUCAAACCCUUUUCUGCUUUUUAGACUCUUCAUGUCACCGCAGAUAUGGCAUAGACAGCAUCAUAGGUAAUUCCUCAUAUGCAUUUUCCCCCUGAGACAAAAAGAGAGGAAAAAUGCUAAUGAGAAAAAAUUGCCCCCAAUCUGGCACUCUGCUAGAAGUAAAAUUAAUGGCUGUACAUGUAUGAGAAAAUAAUUGUUAACUCCUUGUUUCUGUGAUGUAAAGGGAUACAUUGUUAAUAUUACAAGAGUACUGAUAUCAAAAUCUAGAGAAGAUAAGCCAUUGGGUUUUGUCACACAGAGUGCACCACAGGUACCUGUGAACUGUCUUCUUCAGAGAGCCCGUACUGUGACUGCUGAGAUGUGUGCAGGAGUUGGAGUUACAAUGAGAAUUUCUUGCUUUGCUCCAAAAACUUUCCAACCUUUGUCACCUGAUUAAUGCCAUUUAAUUGACAUGAGCGUAAAUCUCGAGGGUCCUGGGUGGACACCUGAGCACUUCUGUCUUUCAUUAAUAAAAUGUCACUUUGUUGGGGCAUCAUGUGGGUGAUGUAAUAAAGUCAGUUGUGGAAAGGAAUGGUAGAGAGGGAGUGUACACUUGUUUUCCAAGACCUUUAUUAAGCAUUCGAACACACAAGCAUUAGCCUGACUGCUGAGUCUUUAUACCAACAUCUGUUUUUAUAGGACUCCUAUCCUAAAUGACAUUAAAAAAUAUUUUAUAGGAGUUGUAUCAAAAAAAACCUUUUUAUUUCAUUGCUCUUCCCAAUUUGUGGCAGUGUCUAUUCAGCAUAACUCCUAAAUGUUUUAUUAACAUCCUGCUGUUUAUAAUAGGCAGCAGCUAAUACAUUCUCAUUGUGAGCUCUCCUACUGCCUGUAUUUACUAAUUAAUUUUUCUUUUGCUGUAAAACACUUUGGGGCUUAUGCCUUAUGAACACUGAUAAUUAAAUGUGCUGCUACUUUUGAAGAGAAAAAAAAAGGAAGGAAAAAAAAAGGUUAAUGACAUUCUGUGAUGUCUGAUUGGUGACAACACUGAAGUUCCCCUGCAGUAGGUUUGUUCAGAUGGAAGUUUGUACUCUUAAUGCUUUCUGAAUUAAUGGUUAUGUUGGUGAAUAUACACAGCAGUAUGCAGAAUGUACAAAUGUAUAAAUAUGUUGAUUUUUUUAAUAAAAAACCCUUUUAAUUA